AUGUCUGAGAUUUCAUUAAGCAAUCGUACAUCCAACCAGAGUCUAGCAUCAGUUCAGUUCGCUUCUAAACAUUAUGAAUUAUCAGAAGCCGAGCAAAAAAAUUCUGAUGAUAUAGAUGAAGGUAAAGUUGCCAUUGUGUCGAUGAAGAAGUUAUCAUUUACCGAGUGCGCAAAUUUAGUAUUAGACGGCCGAUCUACCAAAGAAAAUAAUAAAGAUACCGAUGAUUAUAAUGAGUUAUAUGAUAAUGAAGGAAACAAAAUAGACAUAGAAGUGAUUGACGAAGAAGUUACUGAUAAUAAUUUCGGUGGGACGGCGUUAAUGACACCUAGGACAACGAGAACCCCAAAUGAUUGGGCUUGA